AUGGUGUGCGCCUACUCUAAUGUGUCAUGCUUAGUUGAACAUGUAUCUCUGGAACAGGCGGCGAGCAUUCCCGUGGACUUCGAGUCGUUCUUCUUCUCCGAGGUGAACCCCACGCUCAGUGCUCCCCUUGAAGAUGUCGUCAACUCCAUCUCCAAGAACAAGAUCUGUAUCAAGGGUAUCCUCGCGACGCCCGACUUCUCCCACACCGGCGAGCUGCAGACCCUCAACAUGAAGCUUCGCAACGCUCUGGACCUGUUCGCCAACGUCGUGCACGUCAAGUCGCUGCCCAACGUCAAGUGCCGCCACAGCAACGUGGACUGCAUCAUCAUCCGGGAACAGACCGAGGGCGAAUAUUCAGCGUUGGAGCACGAGUCAGUUCCUGGUAAGUGA